UAGAUCAGUACCGUUGCACUAAAUGUUGUUUACCUCUUUGUGCUACCUGACACUAUGUAAACUCAUUUUUUGAUUCUUCCAUGCUUGCUUUUUCUUUGUGGCUUUAGUAUGCUUUCAGGCAAUUUAUGACAUGAUUAAGAUUUUAUUAAUUCAUAUUCUCUGCAUUCUCUCAGCAUGUGAGUGCGUUUGCUUCAGUGCCAGUGUUUCAUUAAGAGCUUGGAGUUCAGUGCAUUGGUUCCUACUUCUGCAAUUGCAUUAUUAAUUUCUUAAUUUUUAAGUUUGGAGCUUGUAUCAUACAUUUAUCUUUCUAGUCCCAGAACAUUUUCAUGAUGUGUGUACUGUUAAGUAAUAAGUUUCUGGGUUGAAACUGAAGUGCUAUUUUUAAUCAUAAAAAGUAUAAAUGGUUUGAGACCCAGUUACUUGAGGGAGCAAACUGAGUGCAGUGGAAUCAUUAGACCUCUUUUGCUAUAAAUGGGAGGAAGCAGCGGAUAGACUGCUCUCUGAAAAGGCUUCUCAAAUUGAAAUUAAUUUCUUGUUGUAGCAUAUCCCAAUUUGGCUAAUCUCUUGAGUGUAGUGAAAGCUCCAUCUCCAUAUUUUACUGUAGGCAGCGGUCCUGUCCUCACCUCAUGGUUUUUUUCUUGCACUUUUUACUUUGAUUCCUCAGUGAUAUUAUUCACCUCACUAACUCACUCACUAACUUCCUACUAACUGGUUCACCUUAACAGAAGCAGAUCCUCCAAAAUUUGCUGUCUGACCAUUUCUUAUGUGCAGCUCUGAAAAAGAUGAAGGUAGUGAUGCUAGUUUGAGUGAUAGCCACGUAUCUCCUCCCGCCAAACGUACCUCAAAACAUGCUGAUCCUGUGUGCAAAGACAAAUCAAAAUCACGCAGUACUGGGCAGCGAGAGGAAUGGAGCAUCUCAGCUGGACAGUCCAGGUUAACUUCUCAGCCUGGUGCUACACUACCAAAUGGACGUAGCUUAUCUCUCAAAAGCCACCCCCUUCGAGGGGAAAAAAAGGGAGAUGGGGACCAUGCUUGCAUAAACGGAGAUAUAGAAGUCAGAAAAAGUUGUCGGUCCAGGAAAAACAGAUUUGAAACUUUGAAUCAGAGUUUAUUGUUUGAUCAGCUAGUAAACAGUACUGCUGAAGCUGUCCUACAGGAAAUGGAUAAUAUUAACAUCAGGAGAAAUAGGCGGUCUGGGGAAGUAGAACGGCUACGGAUGUGGACAGAUACAGAAUUUGAAAACAUGGAUAUGUAUUCUCGAGUGAAAAGAAGGAGGAAAUCACUGAGGAGAAAUAGCUAUGGGAUUCAGAACCACCAUGAAGUGUCCACAGAAGGGGAAGAAGAAGAGUCUCAGGAAGAAGAUGGAGAUAUAGAAGUAGAAGAAGCUGAGGGAGAAGAAAAUGAUCGGCCAUAUAAUCUCAGACAGAGAAAAACUGUUGAAAGAUAUCAGGCCCCUCCAAUAGUGCCAGCUCAUCAAAAAAAGAGGGAAAAUACACUGUUUGAUAUUCACAGAUCUCCUGCAAGAAGAAGCCAUAUCAGGAGAAAGAAGCAUGCCAUUCACAGCAGUGAUACAACCUCUUCAGAUGAAGAACGUUUUGAAAGAAGAAAAUCUAAAAGCAUGGCCAGAGCAAGAAAUAGGUGCCUGCCUUUAAACUUUAGAGCAGAAGACUUAGCUAGUGGAAUCCUGCGAGAACGUGUGAAAGUUGGGGCAAGUUUGGCUGAUGUUGACCCUAUGAUUGUUGAUAAAUCGGUGCGUUUUGAUAGUAUAGGGGGAUUGAGCCAUCAUAUCCUUGCACUUAAGGAAAUGGUAGUGUUUCCUCUUCUCUAUCCAGAAAUAUUUGAAAAAUUCAAAAUUCAACCACCAAGGGGCUGUUUAUUCUAUGGUCCUCCUGGAACAGGUAAAACCUUGGUAGCUAGAGCUCUAGCUAAUGAAUGCAGUCAAGGAGACAAAAAGGUGGCUUUCUUUAUGAGGAAAGGAGCGGACUGUCUCAGUAAGUGGGUUGGUGAAUCUGAACGUCAGCUUCGACUCCUUUUUGAUCAGGCAUACUUGAUGAGACCCUCUAUAAUCUUUUUUGAUGAAAUAGAUGGCUUGGCUCCAGUCCGUUCUAGCAGACAAGAUCAGAUUCACAGCUCUAUAGUGUCUACUCUUCUUGCCCUAAUGGAUGGACUGGAUAAUAGAGGUGAAAUAGUUGUAAUUGGUGCUACAAACAGACUGGAUUCUAUAGAUCCUGCACUCAGGAGACCUGGUCGCUUUGACAGGGAAUUUCUUUUCAACUUGCCUGAUCAAAAGGCACGGAAGCACAUUUUACAAAUUCAUACCAGGGAUUGGAACCCCAAAUUGUCAGAUCCUUUCUUAGGAGAACUGGCUGAAAAAUGUGUUGGGUACUGUGGAGCUGACAUAAAAGCACUUUGCACUGAGGCUGCCUUGAUUGCCCUGAGACGACGCUAUCCCCAGAUUUAUGUGAGCAGUCAGAAACUGCAGCUUGAUGUUUCUUCAGUAGUUCUCAGCGCGCAGGAUUUUUAUCAUGCAAUGCAGAAUAUUGUGCCUGCUUCCCAACGUGCCGUGACAUCUUCAGGACACGCGUUAUCUCCUGUGAUCAGACCACUGUUGGAACGUACUUUCACUAACCUUCUUGAGGUUUUACACAAAGUGUUCCCUCAUGCUGAAUUUAGCCAGGGUGACAAAAGUGAAGAUGUACCAAGUUUAAUAUUAGAUGAUAGUGAAGAUGAGAAUGCUUCAUCAAUUUUUGAGACAAGCUGUCACUCAGGAUCACCAAAGAAACAGUCAUCAGCUGCUAUACAUAAACCCUACCUUCAUUUUACAAUGUCAGCUUAUCACCAGCCAACCUCUUACAGACCAAGAUUACUGCUAUCUGGAGAGAGAGGUUCGGGUCAGACUUCGCACCUUGCUCCAGCACUAUUGCACACUCUUGAAAAAUUCUCUGUACACAGGCUAGAUCUGCCAGCACUUUAUUCAGUCAGUGCCAAAACGCCUGAAGAAUCAUGUGCACAGAUCUUUCGUGAAGCUCGAAGAACAGUACCAAGUAUUGUUUACAUGCCUCAUAUUGGUGAUUGGUGGGAAGCUGUCAGUGAAACUGUGAGAGCUACUUUUCUAACUUUGCUGCAAGAUAUACCAUCUUUCUCCCCUAUAUUUCUACUGUCUACCUCUGAGUCCAUGUAUAGUGAUUUGCCUGAAGAGGUGAAAUGUAUUUUCAGAAUUCAGUAUGAAGAGGUUUUCUAUAUUCAAAAACCAAGUGAAGAAGACAGAUUGCGAUUUUUCAAAGGCUUAAUUCUUGAUGAGGCAGCAAUGCCCCCACCAAGAAGGAAACAGGCUGCUCUUCAUGCUCUGGAAGUUCUUCCUCUUGCACUGCCAUGCCCUGCCCGCGAGCUGUCAGAAGCAGAAAAACAGCGAAUGGAGGACCAGGAAGAGAACACAUUGAGAGAGCUGCGGUUGUUUCUCAGGGAUGUUACCAAGAGGCUGGCCACAGACAAACGCUUUAACAUCUUCAGCAAACCGGUGGAUAUUGAAGAGGUUUCAGAUUACCUUGAAGUUAUCAAAGAGCCAAUGGACCUAUCAACAGUAAUAACCAAAAUUGAUAAACACAGCUACUUAACAGCCAAGGAUUUCCUAACAGAUAUUGACCUGAUCUGCAGCAAUGCAUUGGAGUACAAUCCAGACAAAGAUCCUGGAGAUAAAAUAAUUAGACAUAGAGCAUGUACUUUGAAGGACACUGCUCAUGCUAUCAUUGCUGCUGAACUGGAUCCAGAAUUUAAUAAGAUGUGUGAAGAAAUCAAGGAAGCUAGAAGAAAAAGAGGCUUAUCAGUAACAGCAGAACAAAUAAAUCCUCAUGGAUCCACUGUACGAAAAACAGAAGCUAGAGUUGAAGAGGCAUUUCGGAGCAAACAAAAACCCACAAUGGCUGUGUGGCCCAACUCUGCGAAUAAAUGUGCAUUUCGAAUAAGGAGAAAAUCAAGACGGCGCUCACAGUGGGGCAAAGGCAUUAUUAAGAAGAGGAAAGUCAAUAAUUUAAAGAAAGAUGAAGAUGAUGCAAAGUUUGCUGAUGAUGAAAAUCAUGGAGAGGAUAGUAAAUUGCUGGAAAACGGAGAGCUAGAGAUCAGCACUGACUGCAUUGAGGAGAAUGGGGAGGAAAUAGGAGAUCUCUCUAUAACAAAUGAUGAAUCCUCUUGUGAUAUUAUGGAUAUCGAUGCAGAGCAGAGGCUUAACAAUGGGACAUCAGGAAAGGAAAACAAUUUUGCAUCUACAGAAGAAGAGAGCUCAAACGAAUCUCUCUUAAUAACCGACAGUGUUACCCUGAGUGCUGAAAAGGAAUUAAGGAAGGACUCUACAUCGAAAGGGGACUGUGUGAAUGGAGAGACAUCUAUACAUAGAUCAGAAGGUAUACCUGUUCCAGCAUGUCAUAAUGGUAAAAUGGAAUCAAUUGAUGCUGUUUCACCCUGUGACAACAACGAUGGGUCUAUUAACAAACAAAAAUCUUUGUCUGAAGAUCAGCCAAAGGAGCAAACAGAAGUUUCCAGUGAAAAUCAAGGAGCUGAUCUAGUGAAAGCUGAAUUACCACACUGCAGCAAUAAUGACAGAACACUACAGAGCACAGACACUGAAACAAAGGAUGCUGAAACAGAUAAAGAAGGUAUAUUCAAAAGCAAGAAAACACGAAAAGUCGCUUUGGAACAGUCAAAGCCUGCAAGUUUGGAGCAGGUCCCAGAGGAACCAUCAGAUCCCUUACCCUCUGUAGUUGUUGACCAUGACAGACUAAAGAAACUGCUUGAUUUGGUGGUUAAGAAAAGUGACAACCUGACUGUUGACCAGCUUGAGAGACUGUAUUCACUCCUCAGUCAGUGCAUCUACAGGCAUCGUAGAGACUAUGACAAAUCACAACUUAUAGAGGAGAUGGAAAGAACAGUUCAUGUGUUUGAAACAUUCCUGUGAACUCGACAAGAUGGGUGGGUUUAUCCUCUCAAACUGCUCAUGGGAGAGCAGUCCUCUGAGCCAUUCAGUUUCCAUUUGCACCAAGUAUGUGCAGAGCCUUGGUCUUAAGUGCUCUCUCUUUUUCUUUCUGUUGAAUUUGGUGCUAUUGUCUCAGGUACCUGAAACCAACCAGCCUACAAGAACCAAACGGAACUUCAUAUAGUUGUAUCUGAUAUAAAAAAAGAAUACAAUGCCACAGCUUGGAGAUUUUUGGUGCUACAGAAACUGUUUUCAUUUCUGCUCUUGUUCACUCUACAUGCAUUAUCUUUGGGGAAACUUCAGGCAAAGUGGAGACCAACACAUACAAGAGGACUGGAAAGAGCAGAUCUAAGUUGAAUAUUUUUAAACAGGCAACCUUUUUUAUUUUUUUUUUUUUUCCAGUUUUUCUCUUCUCUGGGGAACGGACAAAAAAAUCUGUUCUAAAGAAGGCAAUGAUGCAUUGUGGUAGGAAUCUUGAGUAACUGGAUGUACAGUAAUUUGAAGAUGAGGCUCUCUAGAACUGCCUUUAAUGUGCCUUUUAGUCAAUUGAGAAAGAUAAGGCUAAUCAAUUAGUUUGGAUUAUAGCAAGUGGCAAUUUUAGAAAGCUGUCUUCAGAAUGAAGAUCUCCAAAAGGAUGAUUUUAUUCUCUUCAUUGGAUGGCAACCAGUAUUAUGGUUCUAUAAUGCCUGUCUUGCUCUACAGAACUAAACUAAGACACACUGAAAAAGCCACAUACUUUACCAAAACGGUGAAAUUCCUUUUUUCCUUGGUAUAUAUUUGUUUUAGAAACAAGUUACACAGUGAAACUCUUCUCUGUUGUUAAAAAUUAAGCAUUUUCCCACCAUCCCCCUGCUUUCCAUUUUCAGUUCUUUAAGAAAAACAAGUUUAAUACUGGUAGGUUUCUUUUUGAAGUUCUGUGUUUGUGAUAUAGCUUGGACUGCAGUGCAGGUAAGAAGACGCUAUAGUCGGUUGAAGUCCUGGAGCCCAAGCUCACUUGAAAAUAAAACUUAAACUAGGGUUCACAACUUGGUCCAUGCAAAGCAUUGUUAAUGUUGGAGGUUUGGAGGACAGCCUUUUGAAUCGAUCUUUGGACCAAAGUUCUCUGGGUCUGAAUUGCAUCGUUCAAAACCCUUCUCUUCUGCCAACUGGAGGGAACAGGCUAGGCAGUUUCAAGAAAAAUGUGUUUUAUCACAAGCUCAGUAUUAAAACAUUACCUGGGCUGAUUUAUUUCAAACCUAUGUGGAAAGUGGUUUAGAGAGGUUGGCUGGCGUUGCCAUUGUUAACCAUUCAUUGUGACUGUCCCUUACGUAGCUGCGGAAGUGUCUUUCCGGAAAUAUGCAACACAGUGUGAUUAGUUUGUAAUUAGAGAAAACAGACUACUGCAGAGAUACUGAGCUACCUCAGCUUUUUGUAUUUUAGUUACCAACAGUGUUUAUGGAGGACUGUAAUCACUCUGCUCCCAUUUACAAGCUGAAGCUAAGGUAUUUGUCUCCACCUCUAUGGCUAAUAGUAAUAUAGUGCUGCAGAGAAACAAAACAUGGGCCUUGGGCUACUGCAGUAAUCCAAAGUGCUUUGUCCAUUCUGGUUAAACAUAAUUGUUAGAUCUUUUUCUCCCCAGAAUGCCACUGUUUGUCUUUAUAGCUAAUGGCAGAGAAAGGUUUUAAGCCUUCAUGUACAUCUAGUUACACCUUCUAAAUGCAACCCAUGCAGAAACACUGUAUUUUUCAGGUGGGAAAGUGCGAUUAAAACCAACAAAAACAAGCAGAAAACACAUUUUAAAUGAGAUUCUUUGAUCUCAGAUUUGAUUAUGGGAUUUUUUUUCCACGUUUCAUUUAGUAUUUAUUAGCAUCAUACCUGUUUGAGAUAUUUUUGUGUCUGGUACAUUAACAGCAUUUUGUAUUUUGAUGGAAAUUGUUACAAACUUUAAGAUUUGAUUAAAUAAAAUGUAGCAGAUCUUUUGUAGCAAGUUUCUGAUAAAAGGGGUUUUUGCAAGUCUCAGGUUCUUGCUGCAGAAUUUUUUAAAAAUAUUUAUUCCAGUUUCACUUACUCAAAGAAGUUUUUGUUCAAGUAACAGCAGCACUUGUGGAAGAUAAAACCGCAUACGUUUUUAAGAUGAUAAAUUUAUAUGAAUUUAAAAAGUUGAAAAUUUUUGUCACCAGUGAGUGUAAAAAGCAAGUUUAAGGCUAAUGCCUAGCAUUAAAAAUGGUUCUAAAAGGUCAGGUUUCUAAAGGAAAAUUUUUACUGUCAGUUGUUGAUUGGGAAAAAAUUGUGAUGAGACAACUUUACUAAUGGAGGAGCUGCCAUGUUGUUUUAGAGAAGAGUAGCUGAUAUCAGAUGUUCUACUGGACAGCUUACCUAAAAUGAUAUGCUCGCCUUCUUAGCCCAAAUAACCACACUUCAGUUCUUGUUUUCCUUUACAGAUGUCUGGUGGUUAUAGAGUUAAACAGCUGUUAAACUAUCCAUGUGGUCUAAACUUGUUUACUCUUUGUAUGUUUUUAAUUUUUUUUUGCCACAUAGCACUGGCAAGAGUUUGUACAAAUUGACCUCUCUUCCUUGUUUCUUGUUGUGAAAAUUGCAAAUAAACUCCUGUGUGAGUCCUUGUGCUGGGGUCAGUGAAAUGUGGCCAGCCAGAAGGAAGGAGGCUUCUCUGGGGGGCUGACGGGGCUGUCUUGGAGAUAAUAGAAUUGCUCUUGGGUGAAGUUGAUGGCUAUGGAGUUAAUUGUAUUUGCAAGCUUGAAUCUCACCUGUGAUUAAUUUUUUUGUUUUGUUUUGUGUCCUCUGUAUUGUUACUUGAUUUUCUCAUAUGCCAAUGUAUUUAUAGGAUUACUGUUUUUUUGUAAUACCUUGUCUUCCUUUUUUUUGGUUUGUUGGUUUUAUUUUUCCAUUAAGAUGAUGGGUCAGCUCGGGUUUAACCUUUACCUGAAGGCAUGUCCUGCAGCUGAUAGUCAUUUAUUUUGUUUUUAUUUUAUUUUGUAAUCACAACUUAAGCUUGAAUUUGGGCUUGUACUUGCAUCUUUUGUAUCUUGUACAUUGGGUUAUUUAGACAUUGGGGAGUCCUGUUUGGUUUCAUUAACGUGUGUCUACUUUGUGGAUUAAGUAGACUUCCUUCAUCAACUAUGGUAUAUUUUGGAUUCUAUAGUUUAUUCGGAACUGUGUUUAAAUCGAUGUUUUGCAUUUUGACUUCAUUUUAUGUUAGUUUGAAGUAAGUUAUUUAAUUUUUUUGAACUUCUGGAAAUUUUGAACAUUUUACUGUAAUUUGUAAUAUAACUGCUGUGAAAUACUUGAAUAAAGAUGACAAGAAAACACAA